AUGUCAGAGAACACUCAAAAGCUAUGGGGUGGUAGAUUCACUGGAGAAACUGACCCUUUGAUGCAUCUAUACAAUGCUUCUUUACCUUAUGAUUAUAAGUUAUAUAAAGCUGAUUUAGAAGGUACUAAGGUCUAUACAGAAGGUUUAGCUCAAUUGGGUUUGAUUACUAAAGAAGAAUUGGUUAAAAUCCAUGAAGGUUUGCUACAGGUUGAGAAAGAGUGGGAUAAUAAUUCUUUUAUUAAGAUGCCAAAUGAUGAAGAUAUUCAUACUGCAAAUGAAAGAAGAUUAGGUGAAAUCAUCGGUACGAAAAUUUCCGGUAAAGUUCACACAGGCAGGUCAAGAAAUGAUCAAUGUGUGACUGAUUUAAGAAUAUAUUGUAGAGAAUAUUUAUCAGAUAAAUUGCUAAAAAAUUUAGAAACUUUGAUUAACGUUCUGAUCAAUAGAGCAGAGGAAGAAAUUGAGUUCAUAAUGCCAGGUUAUACACAUCUACAAAGAGCUCAACCAAUUAGAUGGUCUCAUUGGCUAAGUUCAUAUGCUACAUAUUUCUUAGAAGACUACAAAAGAUUAGUGCAAUUGAAAGAACGAUUGAAUAAGUCUCCAUUAGGGGCAGGUGCAUUGGCAGGACAUCCUUAUGGUAUUGAUAGAGAAUAUUUAGCUGAAAAGUUAGGAUUCGACAGCGUGAUUGGAAAUUCUCUUGUUGCUGUCUCAGAUAGAGAUUUUGUGGUGGAGAUUUUGUUUUGGAGUACUUUAUUCAUGAAUCAUAUCUCUAGAUUUGCGGAAGAUCUUAUCAUUUAUUCUACAGCUGAAUUUGGUUUCAUUAAACUAAGUGAUGCAUAUUCUACUGGUUCUUCUUUAAUGCCACAGAAGAAAAAUGCAGAUUCUUUGGAACUAUUAAGAGGUAAGUCAGGCAGAGUAUUUGGUAACUUAAGUGGGUUAUUAAUGAGUCUAAAGGGUAUUCCAUCAACAUAUAAUAAAGAUAUGCAAGAAGACAAAGAACCAUUAUUCGACUGUUUGACUACCGUAGAGCAUUCGAUUUUAAUUGCAACUGGCGUGAUUUCAACAUUAACUGUACAAAGUGAUAAAAUGGCAGCUGCUCUAACUAUGGAUAUGUUAGCAACAGAUUUAGCAGAUUAUUUGGUUAGAAAAGGUGUUCCUUUCAGAGAAACCCAUCAUAUUUCAGGUGAAUGUGUUGCUCUAGCAGAAAAGGAAGGUCUAUCAGGUAUUGAUAAAAUAACAAUGGAGCAAUACAAGCAAAUUGAUAACAGAUUCGAGAAAGAUGUAUAUGAAACUUUCAAUUUUGAGCAGAGUGUAGAAAGAAGAGAUGCUACCGGUGGCACUGCAAGAUCGGCCAUUAUUAAACAAUUAAAUUCCAUAAAACAUGAUUUAGUCUAA